AGAUUCAAACUCUUUAGGAGUCUGGCCCACCUUUAACGAGGUCCUUAGGUACCCAUUACCUUUCCCUUCCAAGGUUCUGGCUGUAACCUAAAGUACGUAGUACUGCGUAAUCGUGUCUCAUUACCUACCACCAGCAAGUCGCCGCCAAUCAACCUGCAAUUUCAACCCCCCCCGACUUGCUUUUUGCUGCAGAACCAAACCUGCGUCGAUCUUCAGACCUAAAAUCCAUCCAGCCAAGACAAGCUCCCGCCUGCUGUCGUCGAUCGCCAUAGCCUGCGCCUUUCUAUUCGGCUGACUGGCCGAGUGCCUACCCUUUCUUUCCAACAAGAGACACUCUCUAGUGCCCGACUCAGAUCCCAUCCCAAUACCAGUCAGUAUCCGGGGCUGUUCGUUUUCGCUACAGUCACGAAUCACAUGUGAUGGUGACAUAAUAACUAGCUAGUAUCGCGACUGUAACUCGCCCUCAAACCGCCUGUUCCCACACGACGACAUGGCACAUCCCUCGACACCAUCCAUUUCUUCCCAGUCUCUCUUCGGAGGCCCUGCUGCCGCCUAUCAAUAUUCUUCCUCCGGCACCGCUUCUGCGCCCUCUCUCACGCCCUCGACUUCGAAUGCACCGACCCCUGUGUCCGCUGCCUCCUCUGGAAACACAUUUGUCAUGCCUAAUACUCCUUUGAAGAAUAGGCCCAUGGCCGAUGGUUACCGACCCAAAGUCACACGAACCCUUGGUCAAAGACCGGCCUGCCUCGUCAACGCCUCGGUAACAUACUGCGGCAACAAUCAGAUUUACGCAUUUGGGGGUUUCGAUCAGUACACCGACGAAGUAUAUAACCAUGUGCUCAAGCUGGAUCUUGUGAGCCAUCAAUGGAGCCUAGUGGACAAUUACGGCGACAUUCCUGGCGUUAGAAUGGGACACACCGCGACGCUUUACCAAGGCGACAAGCUCUUGGUCUUUGGUGGUGAAAAUGAACACCGCACAUAUCUUUCCGACCUCAUCGUCUUCGAUCUGAAGACCGCACAUUGGACACAACCUCAGGUCACGGGCCCUUUGCCUAAGGGCAGAGCGAGACACGCAGCUGUCCUCCACGAGGACAAACUGUUUAUCAUUGGUGGGAUCACCGGGCAUGAUAAUUAUGUCCUGGACGAUAUCUGUUAUUUGGACUUGAAGACAUACACUUGGUCUAGAUCUUGGCGUUUUGUCGGGCGGUUCGAUCACUCAGCGUAUAUAUGGGCCGAUCGAGUCUGGGUUUUCGGUGGUCUAAGCGAGGAUAUGGAUAAAGUUAGUGAAUUGUGGUGGCUUGAUCUUAAGGGGAGCCCUGCUUUCGACUCACCACCUCACAUGGGCUCAACCUCCGAUAAACAUGCAGCGAUGGGUCGUACAGUUGACCCAUCUCGUCCCGUUUAUUCCAUUGGCCCACCUGCUGUUGUAGGAGCCUCGGGCUAUGCUGCCAAUUCGCGAACGGCCCAGGUAAAUACGCCGUCAUUCCAACUCAAAGCAUACGCUCCCAUGGCACCAGGCGCAGUGUCGUCUCUAAAGUUUGUAUCUGGUGUCAAUGUGCCCUCCCAGGUGCCCGGAACGCACUUCCAUAUCUACUCCUCAGGCACUUUGCUUGAUUUUGUAACGCCAGCUGCUACAAUUACUUCGAAGGAGUGCUCCUUGUCUGCUUUGGAUCUGGCAUCUUUGCGAUGGCAAAAACUGGCAGAAGGCCGCGAAAUAUUCAAGUCAGGCUUCCGCUGGCAUUACUGUACCAUGAACGAGGACGGCACAAAAGCGUGGCUACUGGGUUGUCCAACUGAUCCAACAAACGACAUCGGCCCAAAUGGGUUUGAAGAGUAUUUGAGUGACAUCAUGGAGGUAGAUUUACGACGUUAUGGCUUUCUUGGAAACAAUUUUGUCUCAGAACCCCGGUCCGAGCUCUCACGCCCCACCUCUCAUACUCGCGUACAGGAGCAGCCAUCGAAAGGCCUCGGUCUUGAUCUUGCCAGACUCUUCAAUCAACCCCCAGAGACAGGCAGUGGAACCGAUUUCAUUGUAACCGCACUUGCUAGCGAUUUCGAAGAUGAUGAUAUGAUGAGUUCAGGCGUCAUUCGUGCUGGGGAGGUACCAGAUGAUCAAAAUUGGCUUGCACCAGAUGCUCCCACAUCUCCCCCUAUCCAUGUGCACAAGCUCAUUCUCCAAGCACGGUGGCCGCAUUUUGCACGACUUUAUAACUCUCAGAUGGCCGAGUUUCACACAAAAAAGAUGCAUAUUCCCGAACCUUACUCUGUUGUCAAGCUAUUCCUUUCCUACUUAUAUACGGAUAGCAUUCAUGCUAGCGAUGGAGUUGCGGACCUAUCUGACGUGGCUGGAUUACUUGUGAUGUCAAACAUUUACAAUAUUCCCCAUCUGAGACUUCUCUGCGUGAAUCGGUUGUCGAAGGAACUUGAUGUCGAUCAUGCCUGCAUCAUCUGGUAUUGUGCUUGCCAGGCGAACGAGGAGUGGCUCAGCAAACGAGCCGCGAAUUUCUGCUUGACCCAUUGGGGUCGCAUUGUCCGCACUCAUGGCUUCUUACGACUUCCCCGUACAGCCUUGGUCGAACUUUCACAGGAAAUCGACAUGGAAGGCAGAGUCAUUGCGGGGGAAGAACUUGAUUACGUCGACAGCUACCGUAGCCGAAACGAUAACUGGGUCACUCGGAAAGACAGCGUUGGCAGUGAUCGUACACAAGCGCUGCCUUCCGACAUGGACAACGAUUCUGAAGGCAUGGAUAUAGCCUAAACACUCACAAUGACGACGUAACGAUAGGGAGGGACAAACUGGAAUUAAUAUCGACUCGUGCCCGCCUUCGCAAAUACUCUCGCACGCGUCUUACGACUAGCAAUGAUAGGCGGCUUUUCUC